AUGCAAAUAAGAUAAAGACAAUAGAUAUAUUCUUAAAUAUGUGUGAUUUAGAAGAAUUCUAAAGAAUUACUUUUUAUUCGCAAGAUAUUUGCUAUAACGAACGAUAACUUAAUUAUUGUAAUACGGGUGGGGAUACUGAAUUAUUACUUUUUUCCCUUUUUUAAUUUUACUUUUCUUAAUUUGUUUUUGUUUUUUUUUUCAAAAUUAAAUUAUUAUUAUAGAUCGCUCUUUUGCAUUUUCAUCCUUAAAAUCAUCAAAUCACAACGGUAUUUAUUUAAUUUGUAUGCACCAAGAUAUAGACACGAAAUAUGUUUGAUUAAGAGAAGAAAAAAAACAUUAAACUAAAACAAAACAAAAUCAAAUUAAAACUCAAUAUUUAAUUAAUUUUUUAUUAAUUAACUAGUUAGCAAACUUCUUUGUUACUUCAUCUAUUUAUUUAUUUAGUUUGGGGAGAAAAAAGUUAGAAUUACCAAAGAAAAAUUGAAAUCAAAAUAAAAUAGCUCAAGAUAUAUUUUUAGAGAAAUGAGAGUAUUUAACUUCUUAAAUUCUAUCUAUUCAAAGCGAGUUAUCCAAUUAUUUGAGGGAAGGUGGGGAGAGAAAAGUGUAAUUAAAAAUCUCUUCUGA